AUGUCUUCGCUGGAGCAACUUAAGUCUCAGCGAACGAGUGCUCGAAAGAACCUUACGCGCAUGAGCAAAUCAGUGGAACCUGACUUGAAUCUAUCUCCGUUGGAACUCGCUUGCCGUUUGUCGAUUUUGGAAUCGUAUUUUAAACUCGCUUUAUCCACACAGGAGGCCAUAGAGCAGUUGGAUCCAGCUGAGCUACACCGCAGCACUCGUUUCGAGUUAGAGGAGUUAUUCAUCCAAGCCAAGGUUUGCGUUCAAGAACAGCUUGGACCAGAAGCAAACAGCACAGGCAUAAACGAAUCUACGGUUAAUUUUGGGCAUACGACUGCAGUCAAGCUUCCUCGCUUAGCGUUGCCAACAUUCGACGGCAAGUACUGCGAGUACCAAAACUUCAUCACGUCGUUCAAUCAGGUCGUAGGCCACCAGCCAUCAAUGUCUAAGAUCGAGAAGUUCAACCAGUUGCUAAACUGUCUUCGAGGACCCGCCCUAGAAACGGUACGAGCAUUCCAGGUGACCGCAGACAACUACACGAAGGCUCUGGAUCGCUUAAAGCAGCGCUACGACAACCCAACUCUCGUCUUCUUGGACAACAUAUCGUCGCUCUUCGCUUUGCCAACCGCUGCCAAAGCAAAUGGUCAGCAGUUGCGCAGUCUAAUCGACAAUGCGUCCGCAUUGUACAACUCGUUGCGUUCGUUGGGCAACGAGACACAGAUCUGUCAGGCCAUGCUCAUCUCUAUAGUCAUGGGAAAGGUGGACCAGGAGACCAAGAGGAAAUGGAAUGAGUCAUUGGAUUAUACCGUCUUGCCUUCUUGGGAUAACUGUGUUCAAGUCGUCGAACGUCAUUGCCAAUAUUUGGAAUCGGAUAAGAAGCCUGCUGCUGAAGCCUCUAUGGUCCAACCAGGCGGCCAUAGAUCGCGCUCGCAAAGGAACCAGGCAAGUCUGUCCUUCAAUUGUACAACGCAAACUUGUAACAUCUGUUCAAAUACAGAUCACAAGACCUUUAGAUGCCCAGAACUAAUUAAUCUCGCCCUAGAAAAUCGUCUCAAUGCAGUAAAACGCUACAAGCUAUGCAUUAAUUGUCUCGGCAAGAAUCAUCUUGUCGCCAACUGCCCGUCUACACAGAGAUGCCGCACCUGUGCGUUAGCGCAUCAUACUCUGCUUCAUCGGCCCUCACCUGGGUCGACCGCAACUCCCUUGCCACAACCUCAAGCGGAGUCUGCACAAGUUUCGGACGCAGUCACACAUACUCACACGGAACCGCGUUCCGAUUGCGUCAUCCUGGCCACAGCGCUGGUCCUGGUCAAGGAUGCGUCCGGAUGCUACAAAAUAGGAAGAGCGCUUUUGGAUUCAUGCUCUCAGGUGAAUUUCAUAUCCGAGGAGUUCGCCCAAAGUCUCCGACUGCCUCGGAGCAAACGCAACCUAGAGAUUCGUAGCAUUGGAGAGACGCAAACGCAAAUCAAACACCAUACAACCACCAAUAUCAAGUCGAGGCACAACCAUUUCGAGCUACUCCUUGAUUUUUGCGUGACAUCACACAUCGCCUAUCACCCAGAUUCGGAAAUUGACAUUUCCUCAUGGAAUCUUCCGCAGCAUUCAUCGCUAGCCGACGAACACUUCAACAAGUCUCGUCGCAUCGAUUUGCUUUUAGGCACGGAAACCUUCUUCGAUAUCUUGGCAGUCGGCCAAGUUAAAUUAGGAAAGGAUCUGCCCGUACUCCAGAAAACGCUACUUGGAUGGAUAGUGUCUGGUCGAUGCAGAGCUCAUCCCAGAACCCUCCAUCAGUACUCAUCUAUCGUACUAGAUAAAAUUGACGAAAAUCUGGAACGUCUAUGGCGCAUCGAUCAUGUAGUGACUCCCGAGAAUACACUUACGCCGGAGCAGCGAAAUUGUGAGGAGUUCUACACAACCACGGUACGACGCAACUCUGAUGGUCGAGUGGAAGUACGACUCCCAUUUAAGGAUGCACCUACCGCUCUCGGAGCCUCAUUCGACAUCGCGAGGAGGAGAUUUUUAUCGCUCGAACGCAACCUAGGCAAACGGCCUGAGGUAUGGGCCAAAUAUGUACAAUUCAUGCAGGAGUUCCAAGACCUGGGACAUAUGAGUCUCGUGGGUCACCCGCAGUUAAACACUCCGCAUUAUUAUAUUCCACACCACUGCGUGCUUAAGCCAAAUAGCACAUCAACGAAGCUCAGAGUGGUUUUCGACGCAUCUUGCAAGACAACGUCCCAGAAAUCGCUCAACGAUCUUUUAAUGGUCGGGCCGACCAUUCAGCCAGACCUUUAUACAUUGCUUCUUCGUUUUCGUAUACACCGCUAUGCAAUCACUGCGGAUGUAGUAAAGAUGUUCCGUCAAGUCAACGUGUCUGCCCAAGAUCGCAGAUUUCAAUACAUCCUUUGGAGAGCUUCGCCAUCGCAACCCUUAAGCACCUUCGAAUUGAAUACCGUAACGUAUGGUACGGCGGCUGCACCGUAUCUGGCCAUACGCAGCAUGUCCUAUCUAGCCGACCACUUCAUGGACAAAUUGAGAAUUGGGGCUGAAGCCAUCAAAUCGUCGUUCUAUGUGGAUGACUUCCUGGGUGGAUCGGACACGGUAGAGGAGCUACAUCAAAUCAAGAGGGAAGUUACAACGAUUCUACAGGAUGGUCAAUUGGAACUCGCAAAAUGGCAUUCAAACCACUGUAAGUUUGUCGACGACAAUACAAUAAAACACUUACAGCUGGACGACGAGAUGCUAACUAGCACGCUUGGCCUAAAAUGGGACCAAGUACGGGACACCUUCAUGUUUUCGUUUUCGCCAAGAGUAGAGUCAGACCACGUUACCAAACGCACUAUCUUGUCAGUUGCAUCGUCACUAUUCGAUCCGUUGGGAUUAGUUACUCCCAUCAUCAUCGUGGCAAAAAUCAUCCUGCAGGAGCUGUGGCUACUAAAGCUACACUGGGAUGAGUCAGUACCCCAAGGAAUCCAUACAGCUUGGAUGUCCCUUCUUUCGUCGCUUACGUCGUUGGAGUCUAUAGCAAUACCACGAUAUUGCCUCCAACCGGCUAUACAAUCUCUUCAGAUACAUGGCUUCUGUGACGCCUCCAUUAGAGCGUACGGAUGCUGCAUCUACGCUCGCACAGUCGGAUCAGAUGGGCUAAUCAAGGUACAGCUAAUCACAUCCAAGUCCAGAGUUGCUCCCACCAAGAAGCUAUCUCUACCCAAAUUAGAACUGUGCGGAGCACAUCUGCUAGCACAACUCCAUCAGAAAAUUAUUCGAAUCUUCGCAGACAGAGAGCCAACCUCGUACUUAUGGUGCGACUCUCAAAUCGUUCUACAUUGGAAUCGCCAGCACUCAGCCACAUUAUCGACCUUUGUCGGCAAUCGAAUUGCUGAAAUUCAAGAAAUGACAUCAGAUUGUCACUGGAGACAUGUUCCAACACACUGCAACCCGGCAGACAUCUUGUCCAGAGGCUGCACCAUCGCCGAGUUGGAACAAUCGAUAUGGUUUGAGGGACCUGAGUUUCUACGUCAAGAACCGCAAUAUUGGCCUAGGGACAAUAAAGACAUCAAUGACAUUGAUCUGGAAGCUGUGCAACUGGAGAAAAGAAAAUCAGCGUUUGCCGUACAGACUACCAGUAAUCCACUGCUUGAGGGAGUCUACAAAUCCAGUUCAUAUCAGCGCUGCCUAUUAGUCGUCGCCUGGAUGUUUAGGUUCAUUCACCGCUGUCAACUAUUUUUGGCCGCGUCUCCAUACAAGCCCAACCACUGUGCAUCGCCAUCGCCAACGCCAACGGAAUUGCAGCGGGCGCUGCAUUGCAUCGUCUGGAAUAUCCAAACCAAUCACUUCGCUCAAGAGAUAUCAUCGGUCCUGAAGGGCCAGCCGAUUCGCACUAACCUUAAAAACCUUAGUCUCUUUCUCCAGGUCACAGAUGGUUUCCAACUUCUAAAAGUCGGAGGACGCCUGGAGUUAGCAGACUACCCAGAAACCCAAAGGCAUCCUGUCCUGCUCCCAGCCAAGGAUCCCUUUGUCUCUCAGUUCGUUCGCCGUCUCCAUCUCCAAAACUAUCACGCGGGACCAAGGACUCUUGUCGGCUUAAUUCGACGACAGUUUUGGAUAGUCAACGCAAGGGACUUAGCGCGACAAGUCGUUCGCUCAUGCAUACAUUGUCGCCGCUACCGACCAACUCUCGAAAAGCAGCUUAUGGGGCAACUGCCCAAGGAACGCAUCACACCGUCUCGGCCAUUCUCAAGAUGCGGAAUAGAUUUUUGCGGACCAAUCAACGUCUAUUUGCGCAUCCGGGGGCUCCACAUUUCGGGGGGCAUAUGGGAGGCUGCCGUCAAAAGCGUCAAGGGACUACUCAAUCGCACUCUUCGAGACACCAGACUAACCUUCGAGGAGCUAGCCACAGCAGCUGCUGACGUCGAGGCGAUUUUGAACUCUCGCCCAUUAACGCCGCUAUCAACCGACCCAAACGACCUGGCCGCUCUCACGCCUGGUCACUUCUUAGUGGGUGACGCACUCCGAGCUCUUCCAGAAGCUCCACCAAUCGACGACAAUCUGGACAAGCUGGAUCGAUGGAAGAAGGUCAGCGCAAUUAAGCACCACAUCUGGAGCCGUUGGAGCCACGAAUACGUGAACGAGCUCCAAGUUCGCACAACCUGGACGAAGACUGCACCAAAUCUAGCGGUCAACGACAUGGUUAUUGUUCACGAGGAUAAUCUUCCCCCACAACGGUGGCUUCUUGGCCGCGUAGUCAGCACCAUCGCCGGAUCGGACAACAUCGUGCGUGUAGCCAACGUACGCACCGCCAAGGGAAUCAUCCGCCGUCCCAUACGGAAACUCGCCUUAUUACCUGUCUCUUGA